CUAAGAAUUAUGCACUAGUCUUAAUGAUGAAAUAUUGAACCACAUGGGUAGAUAAGAGGUUAUUGAAAAAUGAUGUCAAAAAAACAUUCUUUAGUCGAACAGGUAAUAAAUUAGUGAUGGAUACUUAACUGGUGUCUACUGAAGAAUUAUAAUGUAUUUGAUUGCUCUUCACUUCAAUGUUCUAAAGACAAUGAAAGCUUAAAAUUUUAACAUAUGUACUAUUUCAUAUCGACUAUAGUAUAAAGUUGAAAAUUCCAAAUUGUUACUAAGUUUGAAAUUUACAUGGCAAAAUUACUGUAAACUUCAUUCUGUUUUGAUAUUUUCAGAAUUUCUAUCAGUCAAAAAAAAAUCUUAGAAAUUUCAAUGUAAGUAUAAUUAUUUCUUUUCUCGAAACCUAUCGUUUCAAAACUAGUUAACAAAUCAAAAAUGUACUAAGUUGACAUCAAUUGAGACUAAGAGUAUGAGAUAGGGUGAGGGCAAUGGUAAGAUUCCACCAUUAGGAUAAAACGAUUAGUACCUACCAUUGUAUCCAUGAAUGUGCUAAUAUUAGGGAAAUAAGAUAUCUGAUUUUCUCGUGACGAUGUUACAUUGUGCAUACUUGUAAAACCUAGCAAUCAAAGAUCUUGAAAAAUUUAUCAAUCAUUAAAGAUUUGCUACGACCUCAGUAAAAUGAUGAUUUUUAAAGAAACAUAGUAAACAAAGAGUGCUCGACGAACAAAAUACAGAUAAUGAUAUAUGAAAGCUUGAAUCUAUUCAACUAAUCAAACAAUUUUUUCAAUAGCUGAAUGCUCAAAAACCUAGAUUGACGAUACAAGUGUUCAGAAACUGUCGUUUCAAUUCAAAAGUUUGAAAAUAUGUAAAAUAAAUGAAGGAUAGAGACAGAAAACUGUACACAGUUAUUAUACAGCAAUCAGCAACGCAAUCGGGAACUAUCAAAAGAGCAAAUAUUGAGUUUUCGAAAAAAACAUUUUUCCUUGUUAUUAUCGUUAGAAAUAGAUCAUUAGUUUAACUAACUAUUUCAUUGUAAAUUGUGCCGGUGAAGAAAUGAAGUGAUGUUGUGUCAUUGACAUUUUGUGUAACAAUCCUAUGAAGUUAAGAGCAAAAUAAAGGAAGAAUGGAUGGUUAAUUGAAAAUGCGGCAAUGAAUAACUUUUAUUUAACAAAAAAAAAGAGUUAAAAAAAUAAUUGUUGUUAACAGAGUUGAGAACUUGACUCAAAAAGAAUUCUCGCCUUGUAACAAAAUCCUAUUUCUAUGAAGAGAAACUUUCUCUCUCUUAUUUUAAUAAUUUUUCUUGUCUCUAUUUCAGAUUAUCCAUUACGUUCUCCAUCCAGCACCAACAUUCAUCCGAAUGCUCGAUGGCAACAAAAUAGUAUCAGUGUGGCUGGAGGAUAUCGACAAGGCAAUGGAAUCAAUCAACUCUCAAACCCAUGGGGUUUGUAUGUUGAUGAUGAUCAAACAAUCUAUGUUGCUGAUCAAUCAAAUCACCGUAUUGUGGAAUGGAAACGAGGUGCAACGAAUGGCCAAGUGGUUGCCGGUGGAAAUGAACAAGGAAGUGGAGAUCAUCAAUUGUCUAACCCACAAGAUGUGAUUAUCGACAAAGAGAGAGAUAGUCUCAUCAUAUACGAUGCUUCGAAUAGAAGAGUGGUUCGAUGGCCUCGUCGAAAUGGGACAAGUGGAGAAACAAUCAUCUCCAACAUCUCAUGUGUGGGUUUGACAAUGGACGAGAAUGGAUCUCUCUAUGUCACUGA